GUGGUUUCACGGCAAAGAGCGGUGUUUUCAUUUAGCCUGUUAGCUUUGCAAGCUUCCUAGUCGAAUUGAGUACUUUUCGCUUGAAAUUUAAUAGGCAGCAACACGAGUAGCCUGCGAUUAAGACUAUUUUAAAAGUGUAUAAUUUAACUAAGAAACCAUGUCCGUCGUGCCUCCGAAUCGCUCGUCCACCGGUUGGCCCCGUGGAGUUAAUCAGUUCGGGAACAAAUACAUUAGCCCGCCGGCUAAACCGCUCACCCUGGAGAGAACCAUCAACUUGUAUCCCCUGACGAAUUACACAUUUGGCACGAAGGAGCCGCUGUAUGAGAAGGACAGCUCCGUGGCCGCGCGCUUCCAGCGGAUGCGUGAGGAGUUCGAAAAGAUAGGCAUGCGACGGACAGUGGAAGGAGUCCUCAUCGUGCAUGAGCACAGGCUGCCGCACGUGCUGCUCCUGCAGCUGGGAACUACGUUCUUUAAGCUCCCUGGUGGAGAGUUGAACCCUGGAGAAGAUGAAGUUGAGGGUUUGAAGCGGCUGAUGACGGAGAUUUUGGGGCGACAGGACGGGGUGAAGCAGGACUGGGUGAUUGAUGACUGCAUUGGAAAUUGGUGGAGACCCAAUUUCGAGCCACCGCAGUAUCCCUACAUUCCAGCACACAUCACUAAGCCCAAGGAACAUAAGAAGCUUUUCUUGGUCCAACUGCAGGAGAAAGCAUUGUUUGCUGUGCCAAAGAACUACAAGUUGGUGGCAGCCCCCCUGUUUGAACUCUAUGACAACGCACCUGGAUACGGGCCCAUCAUUUCCAGUCUCCCUCAGCUACUGAGCAGGUUUAACUUCAUCUACAACUGAUGGGCUCCCAGCCCGCUGGCUGUCUCUGUGAGCGCGGUCGCAACAGAUGGGAGGGCGAGAGAAGGUGGUGAUGACUAACCACCCUGGCACAGCAGGGACCCAGCUAUAUCCCAAGUGCUUGGAAACAUAAAUGUCAACGACUUGUGCAUUCUCCCCCCCCCAUCAAUUUUUUGUCACUUCCACAACUGUUAUUUUAUUCUUAAAUAUCUCUUUAUUUGGCCAGAUCGCUGGAGUUUUAUGUUAAUUAAGGAGUGAAUAUGAUGUCCUUAGUAAAUAAAGCCAUGUGAUUUCGUUAGUUUUAUUUUUUAAUCUUUGUAUGUUUCAUUCCUUUUUAUAAUAAAUUGUUAGCUCAGAA